UUGUCAGUUUCCCUCCUCGCCGACGAAGCUAACGCCGAUGUUGAGCUAAAGACGCGUUCAUCGUUCACCUGUUCGCGCGCCGCUGCUUCACCUGUGCGCGAGAGGACACUUAACGGAGCCCCGAACACACCAAACAACGUCGUUACAGGGACGCCCUAUGAGGUCCUGCUAGCGAGAUGUUCAACAAGUCAUUCGGCACUCCCUUCGGCGGCGGGACGGGGGCGUUCGGCACCUCGUCCACCUUCGGACAACCAAACGCGGCCUUCGGGGCGACGGGAGGCUUCGGGACGUCGGCGUUCGGGGCCACCGCCAACACCGGAGGGCUGUUCGGCCCGGCGCAGAGUAAACCUGGCGGGCUGUUUGGCUCCAGCACGUUCACCCAGCCGGCGGCGACCGCCACCAACACCGCCUUCGGGUUCGGCGCGGCGACCGGCACGGCGACCAGCUUGUUCGGGAACACCGGCGCGGGCGCCAGCGGCGGCCUCUUCUCCCAGCCCAGCAAUGCUUUCGGAGCCCAGAAGCCCACCACGUUUGGAAAAGUCUCCCUCCCAUCGUGUCCUCCAGGCUUUGGGACCAGCACCACCGCCGGCGGGCUGUUCGGGGCCACCAGCACCGCCGCCUCCAACCCCUUCGGUGGCGGCGGCGGCGGCGGCGUGGCCUCCCUGUUCGGGGGCGCGGGCUUCACCGCCGCUCAGCAGCAGCCGGGAACCACCGUGAAGUUCAACCCGCCAACAGGAACCGACACCAUGGUGAAGGCCGGUGUGACCACGAGCAUCAACACCAAGCACCAGUGCAUCACGGCCAUGAAGGAGUACGAGAACAAGUCGCUGGAGGAGUUGAGGCUGGAGGACUACCAGGCCGGCAGGAAGGGUCCGGCCAACCCGAUGGCGGCUCCGACCGGCAGUAUGUUCGGUGCCGCCGCCGCGACGUCCAGCGCCGCCACCGGCCUGUUCGGCGCCGCGGCGCCCAACACCAACUUCUCCUUCGGGCAGAACAAGACCACGUUCGGAGCCGCAGCGCCGGCCGCCGCCGGUUUCGGCGCGGUGACCGGCGGCCUGUUCGGCCAGCCGGCCCCCCAACCGGCCGGCAGCCUGUUCAAGCCCUUCGGCCAGACCACCACCGCGCCGAGCGCCGGCUUCUCCUUCGGCAACACCAGCACCAUGGGCCAGGCCAGCACCGGCACCAUGGGUCUGUUCGGGAACGCCGCGGCGCCUCAAGCGGGCGGCCUGUUCGGCGCGGCGCAGCCCAGCACCGCCGCCGGCUUCGGGGCGGCCACCGGGCUGUUCGGACAGCCCAACGCCGGGUUUGGAGCCGUCGGCGCGCAGCAGAGUCUGUUCGGCAACAAGGCCGCCGGGUUCGGCACCACCACCACCAGCGCCGCCCCGUCCUUCGGCACCGGCACCGGGCUCUUCGGCAACAAGCCCGCCCUCACGCUGGGCGCCGGCGCCAACACCUCCACCUUCGGUUUCGGCGCCAACCCGGCGACCGGGAGUCUGUUUGGGAGCAAGCCGGCCGCCGGGGGCCUCGGGACGGCACUGGGAACCAGCUUCGGAGCAGUGGGAACAGGCCAGCCGUCUCUGUUUGGGAACAACCAGAGCAAACUGGGCGCCACACUGGGAACGAUGGGAAGCUUCGGCGCGACCGCAUUCAACACCGGAGCCAGCAGCCUCGGCUUCGGAGCGCCACAGCAGCCAAUCGCGCUCACGGACCCCGCUGCCAUGGCCUCCCAGCAGGCUCUGCUCCAGCAGCAGCUCAGCGUCUUGGCCUACUCUCCGUACGGAGACUCUCCUCUGUUCAGGAACCCGCUGACGGACCCCAAGAAGAAGGAGGAGCGCCUGAAACCGACCAAUCCGACGGCCCAGAAGGCUCUGACCACGCCCACCCACUACAAGCUGACCCCCCGCCCGGCCACCAGGGUGCGCCCCAAGGCGCUGUCGUCCUCGGCCUCCAAGACGCAGCUCUUCGACGGCCUGGACGACGACGAGCCCUCGCUCACCAACGGAGCCUUCGUACCCAGGAAGAGCAUCAAGAAACUGGUGCUGAAGAACCUGAACAGCAGCCAGUACAACAGUCCAAUCAGCAAAGAGACGGACGACCUCGCCUCACCGCCAGAGUACCCACACAACGGACACAGUCACACGGAGGAGGAGGAGGGGAGGCCGGGUCCCAGCAGCCGGGCGGACGACGACCCCGAGGUCACCCAGUUCUACGUCAACCCCGUCGCUAAGCCCCUCCCACAGGGCCGCGUGCAGGCCAGCCUGCAGGACACCAUCAGCGACCUCAACAUGCACAAAGCGGCCAGGAAUGGAGGCCUGGAGCUGAGCCGUGAGGACAUGAUGGCGUCUCCUGGUGACGAGUCGCUGCAGGUGGAGGAGGUGGAGGAGGUGGAGGUGGUGGUGGAGGAGAUCCAGCAGGCUCCUCACCCGGCAGGCAUCGUUCUGAACCGCGUGGGCUACUACACCAUCCCCUCCAUGGACGACCUCUCGGAGAUGGUGGACGAGGGCGGCGUGUGCGUGGUGGACAACUUCACCGUCGGCAGGAAAGGCUACGGCUCCAUCUUCUUCCCCGGCGAGGUGGACGUGACGGCGCUAAACGUGGACGAGAUCGUGCACUUCAGACGCAAAGAGGUCAUCGUGUACCCGGACGACAAGAACAAGCCCGCGGAGGGGGAGGGGCUUAACAGGCGAGCGGAGGUGACCCUGGACGGCGUCUGGCCCAACGACAAGACGGCCUGCGCUCAGAUCCGGAGCCCCGAGCGCCUCGCGGAGAUGAACUACGAGGGCCGGCUGGAGAAGGCCUCGCGCAAGCAGGGCGCGCGCUUCCUGGAGUACAGGGCGGAGACCGGCUCCUGGGUGUUCGAGGUGGCCCAUUUCUCAAAGUACGGCCUCCAGGACUCUGAUGAAGAGGAGGACGAGCCGCUCAAAGCCGACCCCAAAAAGAUGAAGGUGAUGUCGGCGCUCCCCGCCAGGCUGCAGCUGCCCGCCUCCCAGCAGCAGGUGGCGCUACAGGCUCAGCCUGACGCCGUGGAGCUGCCGGGCGGCGUGGCCGAGCUGGACAGCGACAUGGCCGACAUCACCCAGAGCUUCCCGACAGAGAGCAUGCUGGGAGACGACGACCUGGACCGCAGCGCCGAGCGGCUCGGGGGCCCGGGCCCCGCCGAGAGCGACGGCGUGUCGGCGUCCGGCCGCAUGGCGUCCUCGCUCGGCAUCAACCCGCACACUCUGCAGAUCAUGAAGGCGUCGCUGUUCGCCGAGGAAGAGGAGGAGGACAUGCUGGAGGAUCAGCGCGUGACGAAGGUCGACGUCUCGUCUCCUCGCAUCGUCGUGCCGGGAACGCCGAGCCGCCCCUCCGUGGGGGGGCUUCUUCAGGCUCGCUUCACCUCCGGCCUCUUCUCCCAGCUGGCCGACUCUCCUCGUCCUCCUCUUCUUCCUCUUCCUCGGGGGUCUCCCAGAGAGCCCCCCCGCCCCUCCCCCUUCCUGCUGCCCCCCCGCACCCCGGAGCUGUCCGUCAGGACGGUCGGCGCCCGGCGGCUCGGGGGCCCGGUGGCCCUGGAGCAGUCGGUCACUCGGGGGAAGGGCGCUCUGCUGAUGGACGCCGGGCUCUUCGUGGGCCGGUCCUUCCGGGUCGGCUGGGGCCCCGGCUGGACGCUGGCUCACUGCGGCGAGCGGCUCGGCUCGCUGGCGGGCAAACGUCCCGACCGCCAUGAACUCACCACGACGGACUUCAGCUUCCUGCCGAAACCCGCCAGGAGCAAACCGCUGAUGGAGACCCCCUACAAGGUGGUGCUGGAGCGGCUGCAGGGCCUGGAGACCCCCAUGAAGACCUGGGACCAGGACCUGGACCAGGACCGGGUCCAGGACCUGGACCGGGACCAGGACCGGGACCAGGACCGGGACCAGGCGGUGCUGCAGCGCCCCCUAGAGAUCUGCCUGAAGCACAGCACCGUGGUCACCGGCCACGCCUCCUCCUGCCCGCUGGUGCGCCCGCAGCCCGGCGUGGCGGCGCUGCACGAGUACGCCGAGUGGAUCGUGGAGCUGAGCGGCGAGAAUGGCGGAGCCGACCCCCUCCUGGGCUCCUGGUCCGAGGUCUGGACCCUGUGCGAGGCCCUGUGGGGCCGGCUGGGCCCCGCCGACCCGGAGCCCGACGCCGAGCCGCCCGGCGCCUACGAGCAGCAGCUGGAGAGGAGGCGGAGCUUCUCGGCCUGGCUGUCCCGCGGCGCCGCUCGCCGGGUGGAGGAGGAGGUGGCGCUGGCGGCGAAGGGUCGGCACGCCGACGCCGUGUUCAGCUACCUGACGGGGAACCGGGUCAGCGAGGCGUGCCGCCUGGCGCAGAAGGAAGGAGACCACCGAUUGGCUCUGCUGCUGGCGCAGGCCGGCGGCGCCCAGGACUGCCGGGACCUGCUGGGCCUGCAGCUCGCCGACUGGAGCCGCAUGCAGACCGACUGCUUCCUGCCCGAGGAGCGGCUGCGCAUCUUCACGCUGCUCUCCGGGAAACUCGUGUGGCCGUCCUCUGACUCGGUGGUGAACGUGUGCUCCGAGCUGGACUGGAAGCGCUGCUUGGCGGUGCACCUGUGGUUCAUGCUGCCGCCCACGGCCUCCGUGGCCGACGCCCUCGCCAGAUACGAAGCCGCCUUCCAGGGCUCAUGUGAGGGGGGGAAGUACGCCUGCGCCCCGCUGCCCCCGUACCUGGAGGCGGAGCAACCGGACACGAUGGAGGAGGAGGAGGAGGAGGAGCCUAAACGGCCGCUGCACGACCUCUGCUUCCACCUGCUGAAGCUCUACAGCGACAGACACUACGGCCUGCAGCAGCUGCUGGACCCCCUGAGCGUCACCUGGCAGCGUCUGGACUACCGGCUCAGUUGGCACCUGUGGAGCGUCUUGCAGGCGCUGGCGUUCGGCCACCUGAGCGCGGCGCGGCGCGGCCUGCUUCACGCCAGCUACGCCGCGCUGCUGGAGAGCGCCGGGCUGUGGCACAUGGCCGUCUUCAUCCUGCUGCACAUCCCCGACCACAGCCAGCGGGAGCGUGCGGUGAGGGCGAUGUUGACCCUUCACUGCCGCCUGCAGGAGACGGACGAGUCUCUGCGGCGGGAGCUGUUCCUGACGGAGCGGCUGCUGAUCCCGGGUCAGUGGCUCCACGAGGCCAAGGCCACCCGCGCCCGCAGCGCCGGCGACCGCCACCGGGAGGCGCUGCACCUGUACCGCGCCGGGCUCUGGAGCCGCUGCCACCGGCUGCUCAUCCGGCACCUGGCCUCGGAUUGCAUCAUCAACGACAACCACGACUACCUGCUGGAGUUCCUGGAGGGGCUGGCGGUCCCUGAACGCAGCGCCACCAUCCAAGACUGGGACACGGCGGGGGGGGUCUACCUGGACUACAUCCGGGUCACCAAGACCCUGCAGGACGUCCAGCAGGUGGAGACCUCCGGCUACGCGUUGGAGCGUCUCCAUGCCGACGUCACGUCUCUGUGCAGCAGAAUCGAGCUGCUGCCCUGCAGCUCCGCCAGGGACCGGCUCGCCCAAUCAGAGAUGGCGAAGCGCGUGGCCAACAUCCUGCGCGUGGUGCUGCGGCUGCAGCUCGGCGCCUCCGACUCGCUCGCCGUGCCGCUCGCCCGCCUGGCGCCGCACAUCGGCCGCCUGCCGAUGCCCGAGGACUACGCGCUGGAGGAGCUGCGCGGCCUCACGCAGGCGUACCUGCGCCAGCUCAUCGUCGGCCAAUGAGAGCGCGGCGCGCCGGGCGACCUGCAGUCCGACCCUCAGGACAAACAUUCCUCGCCGUCUUCAGGGAGAAUGAGAAGAAUGAAACGUUUCAGGCGUUUUAACGGUUUUAGCGCGUUAGCGUUCACGCGGCUUCGGUCCUCGAGUUUGACCUCUGACCCCAAAGGCGGAGCCGCGUCGGCCGUUUGGCUCCAAGAGAGGACGCAAAGAUUUGUUUUUUUAUGAUAAACGUGAACAAAAAGCAGCCGUUAGCUUAGCUUAGCAUAGCGUUCAUCUGUCGAUAUGUGAAUAAAGAUGCUUCUCUUUAUUAAAGACAUGAAAGACCUUU